CGCCGAAAAGGCACACACGCCAGAAGACCGCGAGAGCUUCGUGUGGAAGCAUUGCGUGCCUGACAAAACUUCCAACCUCCACGCUCUUCCAGACCCGCACGCUGCCUCCAUCGAUACAGCUGUUCCUCUAACAAGAACCGGGCAAGUGCAUGCUUCACUAGAGAUAUGACUCGCUGGGAUUCAACCUUCCACAUCUCGAUUAGCACCCGGCAAUCGCAGGCUGAAGCAGCAGUCUGUGCAUGGUUGUUGAGCUCAGAUAUGUCGUCGCCGAUGGUACGCCGGUCCAGCUGGCAGCACAGAGCUAGUGCAGAUCUCCGGGCUGUGGUAAAGUCUGUCGCAGGAGGAUCGCGAGCCACCACGAGAGCUGGUAGACUUUGCCCUCACCAUCUGGAGGAUUGCUAUUUCCGUCACAGACGAACCUUGACCUUCAUCAGAUGUCUUGUUAGGCCGCCCAGUCAUACGCAGUCUGAUACCCAGUCUGUACAAGCCCACGUCGUCAUUGUCUCCAGCAGCAACCAGUUCAGUUGCAGCGCCACAGAGGCAAGGCUAUUGAUUCAACUUGCACGCCAGAGGCCCGCUUUGGAGAGGCGGAGGAUACCGAAGACGCACUUCGAAGACCCAACAGGCUCGUAUGUAGCAUUAUCGAUGCAACAGAUGAGCGCCUGCAAGACUUCGCUGCCCAAGAUGCCAACCGAGUGACCGAGCCACCCUCUCUCGAAGCUUGUAUAUUUCGACGACCUACUUUCUAUCGAAGACAGGCGUGAAAUGUCUCUUCGUACUCCCGCAUUCGGCAGCGACAGCCAUGGCUGUGCCAGAUCUUGCGAGCGCAUGCGAGUCAGGACAACGGGCACCCAGCGGAGGAGUCGCGAAGAAGCACAGAGCUCUGGCCGAAUGUGCUUUCAAAACCUCGUAAUGCUCUUUCGCGCGGUCUACCGCAAGAGUGGCGAUCCGCGUGACAUCCGACUCCUUAGUUCAUCCCGAGCGAAACUGGAAAGGCUUGUAUGAAGGAUCCGUUGUGCGGCUAACCGUGAUCUAGGGUCACGUCACCGGCAAGACUGCUACUGCUACCUGUCGUCUGGGACCAUCCAACCACAGCAAGUGGCACAUGAUUUUCUAGUCCUCUUUGCUUACUACUUCUGCUUCACUUAGUACCCUGAUUGACCGCACUCGCAUUGCAGGG